AUGGCUACAGAGGCUAAGCAGUCGGCUCAACGCUCCUCUAUUGGAGAUAGAGAGCCCCUUCCGGACCAAACAGGAAAUUCCGGAUCGCCCGAACCGAUCCCACCGAAGGGAUCUCGCUCUGGUUCACAGUCUCGAACUCAAUCUGAGGACUCAGCAGCACAGGCUCAUACUAAUGGGGAGAAGAUCGGGCAUGAAUCCAGCGUAAAGCACCUGACAGACGAAGCACGUGAUACAGCGAACCCGGCCGUCGGCUCAAUCAGCGAACAGAGUCGACGUAGCUCGCCCGCCCCUGUUGGCCACGACAACUUCAACGAGAAACAUGGCGCGAGUGAGAGCGAACACGGAACGGCAGAUCAGCCAGAUGCCGCUAGCGUGCCUUGGCUACACAGACCUUUAGCCAGCAAAGAUGGGCCAUGGAUCCGUCCGGAGCAUGAGGCUACCGAGUGGUUGUCUCUCUUCUACGAUCUCGCAGUGGUAGCCGUGCUACAAAACUUCAGUGCCGGCCAUCAUAUCGGACAGCCGGAAGACAUUCUCACAUUUCUAUCCUACUUUGUGAUCAUCUACCUUAUAUGGCACACGCAGACCCAAUAUGAUAUGCGCUUCCAAGGAUACGAUAUCUUUCAUCUUCUCUGCAAGUUUGUUCAGAUCGGCAUCUUCCUUUAUCAGGGAGCUGCCGCUGGGAACUGGGAUUUAUCAAAUAUUCAGACUGCCAGCUCAGCUGGUCUCACUGGUACAGACAUCACAAUCGAAGAGCAAGGUGAACGUGCCUUCGUCACAGUAGUCAUUGCCUUCGUGGUGUCACGAGUUCUUCUUGCUAUUCAAUAUGCCCACGUAAUUUGGAUGGGACGAAAGGUGCACCGUCCUACGGCUCAUUUCUGGAUCACCAUGGGGUCUCUGUUUCUGACCAUUGUCACUGCCGCGGUAGCUGUGGGCAUACCUGCCCGUUCCGAGGGAGCAGUUGUUGCCAAGCUCGUAUUGCUAUACUUCGGUAUCGCUAUCGAGGUCGUGGAGAUAUGUAGCGCAUUUAUCCUCCCAGUCCGUCCGAGGGUGCCGCUCCACGCCCUUCGCGAGCGAUAUGGAUCAUUCAUUUUGAUCAUUCUGGGCGAAGGCUUCAUCCCUCUAUUGAGUGCUUUCAAUGCCGCCAUUUCUGCGUUGUCCGGAUCCAACACGGACACUUAUGUUCAAGCCGUCCUAGGUGAUCAUCAUGUGUCUACAUGCGCUCAUUCCAUUAGCUGUUCUCAUCGAAUUCUUCCUGUUCCUCCUAUUAUUUGGCAACUUUGGGAAAGGCUCCCGAAUCAGUCACGGGCGGACGCUUGUUUGGACUCUGCUACAAUUUCCUUUGGCGUUUGGCCUGCUCUUGCUUCUGUCCUCCAUUGUGACGGUGGCUUCUCAACAAACGGGACUGGGUCGGUGACCAACGAUUCUCUAGUCAUCGUGAAGUACCUCAAUAAACUCCAACUCGAUACCCCCGUAUUUCAAGAGUUUCAAUAUCUGGGCAAGCUUGUGAAUAACACGGAACCGCCAGUGGAUCCGCAAAUUGCGAGUCGGCAAUACUUCGCAGCGGUUCUUAUGGGCACCAUGCAGUCGUACAAUGUCGAGGUCGACGAUGCUGUCUACAAGCCUUACUCGGAGCUCUAUUCUCUCAACUCGACUUAUCUCACGGACGACGCUGCGAGGCAAACCUUGCAGGAUGAAGCGUCCACUCUCGCGCAGCAAUUGCUCGUCAGGUCGUAUGCAGUAGUUUUGCCCGGUGUCCUUUGGCUACUCCCCACGGCGGGCUGUGUUUUGUUACUUGUCACCUGUCGGUAUUCCCUUUGGACACCGCUACCAAGUUCGAGGCAGGCUCCUCAGCGAUUGCGUUAUGUUCUCACCGUUUCGACUCAAGUGGCUCUUGGAGUCAUCUUGGGCCUGCUUGGGAUGCUCGCCAUAGGACCCAGUUACGCCAAAAUCUACUCCCUCGAGGAUCCAUUUGCAAAACUCAGUCCCUUAUAUAGCAGUUUGCUGAACAAUAUACCCUUGGUGAUCCCCGCAGCGGCGUACUUCGGGGCAUGGAUAGGUCCGACAUUAGCACUUCGGGCGGUGCAUCUUUUACGCAAAAGAGCGAGCUGA